GGAAAAGCCUCAAUUCCUGUGCCCUUUCCCGUAUACCCUCGCACUCUCCUCUCCUUUCUUUUUGUCCCGUUUGUCCUUGUUCUCCUGUCGGUAAUUGUAAAUUUCCUUUUCUUUUUAGAAGCACAUUUCAUUCAUAAUGGCUGCCACGGCCAAACCUGCGGCCUCUGGGUCCACCACCGAACUCAGCGGUCUCCAGCUCUACUCCAGAUUCGCUUUCGCUGGUGCCGUCUGCUGUUCCAUCACUCACGGUGCCCUCACCCCUGUCGAUGUCGUCAAGACCAGGAUCCAGCUUGAUCCCGUCACCUACAACCGUGGUCUGUUUGGUGGCUUCAAGCAGGUCAUUGCCAACGAGGGUGCUGGCGCUCUCCUCACCGGUUUCGGCCCCACUGCCGCCGGUUACUUCCUCCAAGGUGCCUUCAAGUUCGGUGGCUACGAGUUGUUCAAGCAGCAGUUCAUCAACCAGCUUGGCUACGAGACCGCCAGCAACAACCGUACCGCUGUCUACCUCGCCUCGUCUGCCUUCGCUGAAUUCUUCGCUGAUAUUGCUCUCUGCCCUCUCGAGGCCACCCGUAUCCGUCUUGUCUCCCAGCCUACCUUCGCUUCCGGUCUGUUGAGCGGUUUCGGCAAGAUCCUUAAGAAUGAGGGUGUUGGCGCUUUCUACUCUGGUUUCGGUCCCAUCCUCUUCAAGCAGGUUCCCUACACCAUGGCCAAGUUCGUCGUCUACGAGAAUGUCGCAGAACUCAUCUACCGCAGCAUUGACAAGAACACUGCCUCCGAUGGCACCAAGACCGCUGUUAACCUCGGAUCUGGUCUUAUUGCCGGUUUCGCCGCUGCCCUUGUCUCUCAGCCCGCUGACACCAUGCUGAGCAAGAUCAACAAGACCCCUGGUCUCCCCGGCGAGAGCACCACUAGCCGUCUCAUCAAGAUCGGCAAGGAGCUCGGCAUCCGUGGCAGCUACGCUGGUAUUGGCGCCCGUCUGUUCAUGGUCGGAACCCUCACUGCCGGCCAGUUUGCCAUCUACGGCGAUAUUAAGCGUCUCCUUGGUGCCACCGGUGGUGUUGAGAUCUCCAAAUAGACGUGUUCAAGAGUUGGGUGUUUCUUUUUUGUUUCGGAUUAGCGGAUGUCGCAUAUGGCGCCAAGCCUAUUCCGGAAUCGGACCUAACACGGGUCCGCCCACGUGACAAUUGGCAUUAUUAGCUCUGUGGUUGUCAUGGAGGAAUUCGAAAUGCUCCUCGUACCCAUGGUAUAGAAAGGGUAUGUGGUUUGUAAAUUAGAGCUAAUAGAUGAUUGAUGCAUUCUGGUUAUAGAAUUAUUUGUUGGUUUUUAAUCCAUUUGGGUAGAUCUGCGUCCACGAUAACUCUCUUUACAUAAGGAUAUGUAGAGUUCACCGAUAGGGUGAGCAGUGUCCUUCCAUUCAAUUCAUAUUGGAACAGAUUUUGUCUUUCUAUGAUGGGGGGGUCUAGCAAGAUAUCAACAUUGCUUCCCAUUAUUGGUAUUCCUUUACAGAUAUCUGUGACAAGAACGGAUUUUUUCUACUUGAAGGUGUUGAAAACGCAUCAAAUAUCUGCUACUCUAUAAAUGAUUUAUAUCAGAGACUAGUGUUAACUAAUGCUUCAGCCAAGUCUGUCAUUAGAAUGAGAAUGCUUUAGCAAAGAUAGAAGGGAAAGAUACUUACAUAGGUUUCUUUGAGAGUCGGGUUUCCGGGCUUUCUGCUACAGUUUUGCGUCUUUGGGGUGGCAUGACGCCAAUAAUGUUGUUGAGACCAGCUGAUAGAGAAGAAUCAUAAGAGUAUCAAGCAAGCUGUAAAUGAAGAGCCAUGAGAAUAUGGGCACAAGGCCACCCCUCCGUGACCAACUUGGCAGGAUAUUUGAUAUGAAUGACUUGCAGACCGAAAGCGUCGAUAGUGGUAGGGAGAGGGAGAAAAAUAGAGGAGUGGGAGGAGGUUCUUGAAACAUGAGACCUCGAAGGCCAG